AUGAAGUCUAAUCCACUACUCUCUCUCGAUCCAAAAGCCAGCGAUUUUUGGUUUCCCAGAAAGGUUUAUAAUUCGAAGACCUGGCAGUAUCUUUGCGUUCUCAGCGGGAACGUUGCCGGAAUAGCAUAUAUACUAUCAUUCGUGGCAAUAGGGGGAUUUCCUCCAGUGCCGUCAUAUUGGGAUGCAGACCGUGUUCAUGAGCACUACUUCAAACACAAGGAUGGAUGCAAAGCAGCAGUGUUUCUUUUGCUAUUGUCCGGUGCUCUCUAUCUUCCGUGGGGGGCUGUCAUAUCCAAGCAAAUGAGACAGAUCCCAAAUGUCAAUCCUGUUCUUUGUGAUUUGCAGUUGGCCAGCUGCGCUAUCGGAGUCUGGAUUUUGAUACUGCCAGGCUUAAUUCUUGCUGUCCUCAUAUCUCGUGACUACGGGCCGGAACUGACCCUCCUACUGAGUGAUUUAUACUGGAUGAUCACCUGCAUGCCAUGGACUAUAUUUUGGAUGCAGAGUUGGACUCUGGCGUGGGCCGCAUUCGCUGAUAGAUCUAAAAAUCCAAAAUUCCCCAAAAUUGUCGGGGUGAUCAAUGUUGCUGCGCCUAUUGCGGCAUCAUUUGCAUCAGGAAUACAUAUUCAAUCCCUGGGUCCGAUGGCAAGGAAUGGCGGAUUGGCAUUCUGGACUCCGUUGGGUGUGCUGACAUUGGAAUAUGCAGCAGACACAAUUUCCCUGCUGUGGAAUAUCUGGAAUGAGCCUGAGGUGGAUUCGGAGAGUGUGUAA